GAGAAGGAGUCGGAGCUCGGCGAGCGGGCGCUGCAGGUCGGGGAAAGCUCGGACUACUCGCGCUUCCGCGCCUGUGUGUGUCAGACAGGAGAUGCCAACACAGUCUGAAGUGUCCUUCUGGAACAAGUAGCUCACUCUUCAUCAGCAUCUCUCUCCAACCCAUUGCCCAGUCCCUUCCAUGUCUGAUGAGUUGUCUUCGGGAAUGGUUCCUGUCCCGGGCCAACAGAAGACUCUUGGCAUUUCACCUGAAGAGAAAUUUGUUAUUACAACAACAAGUAGGAAAGAAAUUACCUGUGAUAAUUUUGAUGAAACUGUUAAAGACGGAGUCACUCUCUACUUGUUGCAGUCAGUCAAUCAGUUACUACUGUCAGCUACAAAAGAACGAAUUGACUUCCUACCUCACUAUGACACACUGGUUAAAAGUGGCAUGUAUGAAUAUUAUGCAAGUGAAGGACAAAAUCCUUUGCCAUUUGCUCUGGCAGAAUUAAUUGACAAUUCAUUGUCUGCUACUUCUCGUAACAAUGGCAUAAGAAGAAUACAGAUCAAACUGCUUUUUGAUGAAGCACAAGGAAAACCUGCCAUUGCAGUGAUAGAUAAUGGAAGAGGAAUGACCUCUAAACAGCUAAACAACUGGGCAGUGUAUAGAUUGUCAAAAUUUACAAGGCAAGGUGACUUUGAAAGUGAUCAUUCAGGAUAUGUUCGUCCAGUACCAGUGCCACGCAGCUUAAAUAGUGAUAUUUCCUAUUUUGGUGUUGGCGGCAAGCAGGCUGUUUUCUUUGUUGGCCAGUCAGCCAGAAUGAUAAGCAAACCUGCAGAUUCCCAAGAUGUUCAUGAACUUCUGCUUUCUAAAGAAGAUUUUGAGAAGAAGGAGAAAAAUAAAGAGGCGAUAUACAGUGGAUAUAUUAGAAACAGAAAGCCAUCUGAUUCUGUUCACAUUACAAAUGAUGAUGAAAGAUUUCUACACCAUCUUAUCUUAGAAGAGAAGGAGAAAGAUAGCUUUACUGCUGUGGUUAUCACAGGAGUACAACCAGAACACAUACAGUACUUGAAAAAUUAUUUCCAUCUCUGGACACGACAGUUAACGCAUAUUUAUCAUUACUAUAUUCAUGGCCCAAAAGGAAAUGAAAUACGUACAUCAAAAGAAGUUGGACCUUUCAACAACAUCGAUAUUGAAAUUUCUAUGUUUGAAAAAGGGAAGGCACCUAAGAUUGUCAACCUAAGGGAAAUACAAGAUGACAUGCAGACGUUGUAUAUAAACACAGCAGCUGAUAGUUUUGAGUUCAAGGCUCAUGUUGAAGGAGACGGUGUAGUGGAAGGGAUUAUUCGAUAUCAUCCUUUCUUAUAUGAUAGAGAAACUUACCCUGAUGAUCCAUGCUUUCCAUCAAAAUUAAAAGAUGAAGAUGAUGAUGAUGAUUGUUUCAUAGUUGAGAAAGCAGCAAGAGGGAAAAGGCCUAUUUUUGAAUGUUUUUGGAAUGGACGAUUAAUACCAUAUACAUCUGUUGAAGACUUUGACUGGUGUACUCCUCCUAAGAAGAGAGGGCUUGCACCAAUUGAGUGCUACAAUAGAAUAUCUGGUGCAUUAUUCACUAAUGACAAAUUUCAGGUCAGCACAAAUAAGCUGACUUUUAUGGAUCUUGAGCUAAAAUUGAAAGAUAAGAACACCCUGUUUACAAGGAUCUUAAACGGACAGGAACAGCGAAUGAAAAUUGACAGAGAAUUUGCUUUAUGGCUGAAGGACUGUCAUGAAAAAUAUGACAAACAGAUAAAAUUUACACUCUUUAAAGGAGUAAUUACACGUCCUGACCUCCCCUCUAAAAGGCAGGGCCCCUGGGCCACAUACUCAGCAAUAGAAUGGGAUGGAAAAAUAUACAAAGCAGGACAGCUGGUGAAGACAAUCAAGACACUCCCCCUUUUUUAUGGAAGCAUAGUAAGAUUUUUUCUUUAUGGUGAUCAUGAUGGAGAAGUAUAUGCUACAGGAGGAGAGGUUCAGAUUGCAAUGGAACCUCAAGCAUUGUAUGAUGAAAUAAAAACUGUGCCAAUUGCAAAACUGGAUAGGACAGUUGCUGAGAAAGCUGUAAAAAAAUAUGUAGAAGAUGAAAUGGCGAGGCUCCCUGAUAGAUUGUCAAUAACUUGGCCUGAAGGAGAUGAACUAUUGCCAAAUGAGAUUAGGCCUGCUGGAACCCCUAUUGGUGCAUUAAGAAUUGAAAUACUGAAUAAAAAAGGGGAAGCAAUGCAAAAGCUUCCAGGAACAAGUCAUGGAGGGUCAAAGAAACUCCUGGUUGAGCUCAAAGUUAUAUUACACUCUUCAAGUGGAAACAAGGAAAUAAUUUCACAUAUUAGUCAACAUGGAGGAAAAUGGCCUUACUGGUUUAAAAAAAUGGAAAAUAUUCAAAAAUUGGGGAAUUAUACAUUGAAAUUACAAGUUGUGUUGAAUGAAAGUAAUGCAGACACUUAUGCAGGAAGACCGCUACCAUCUAAAGCAAUUAAAUUUUCUGUUAAAGAGGGUAAGCCAGAGAAAUUUUCAUUUGGCCUUCUGGAUUCUCCUUUUCGUGUUGGAGUCCCAUUCAAUAUCCCUCUGGAAUUUCAGGAUGAAUUUGGUCACGCCAGUCAACUAGUAACUGACAUUCAGCCAGUUCUUGAAGCAAGUGGCUUAUCUUUACAUUAUGAAGAAAUAACUAAAGGACCAAAUUGUUUAAUUCGAGGUGUUACAGCUCAGGGCCCUGUAAGCUCUUGUCAAGGCAAGAAUUUUAAUCUGAAGGUUAUUCUGCCAAGUUUAAAAGAAGACUCACAGAUUUUGAAAAUUAGAUUACUACCUGGUCCUCCUCGUCGAUUGAAAGUGAAACCUGACUCUGAAAUUUUAGUUAUAGAAAAUGGAACAGCUUUCCCGUUUCAGGUGGAAGUUUUGGAUGAAUCAGACAAUGUAACAGCACAACCAAAACUGAUAGUUCAUUGUAAGUUUUCCGGUGCUCCAAACCUUCCACUCUACGUUGUGGAUUGCAGUAGUUCUGGGACUAGUAUUUUAACUGGACCUGCAAUUCAAGUUCAAAAUAUUAAAAAAGACCAGACACUUAAAGCAAGAAUUGAAAUACCUAGUUGUAAAGAUGUGGCUGCUGUUGAGAAGACUAUUAAGUUGCUUCCCAGUAGCCAUGUUGCAAGACUGCAGAUAUUCAGUGUGGAAGGACAAAAGGCAAUCCAGAUCAAACAUCAAGAUGAGGUUAAUUGGAUAGCAGGCGAUGUUAUGCAUAAUCUGAUUUUCCAAAUGUAUGAUGAAGGAGAAAGAGAAAUUGACAUAACAUCAGCUCUAGCAGAAAAAAUUAAAGUUAAUUGGACUCCUGAUAUUAACAAAGAACACUUGCUUCAGGGUCUGCUUCCUGAUGUACAAGUACCAACAUCUGUAAAAGACAUGCGCUAUUGCCAGGUUUCAUUCCAAGAUGAUCAUGUGUCUUUGGAAAGUGCAUUUACAGUAAGACCACUUCCUGAUGAACCUAAACAUCUAAAAUGUGAGUUAAAAGGAGGAAAAACAGUACAGAUGGGCCAAGAACUUCAAGGAGAAAUAGUUGUUAUAGUGACAGAUCAGUAUGGAAAUCAAAUUCAAGCAUUUUCACCAAGUUCUUUAUCUGCUUUGGGAAUUGCUGGGGUUGGACUUGAUAGCUCGAAUUUGAAAAUGACUUUUCAGGAAAACACACAGAGUAUAAGUGUAAGAGGCAUCAGAUUUAUCCCAGGUCCUCCUGGAAAUAAGGAUCUUUGUUUUACUUGGCGUGAGUUUUCUGACUUCAUUCGAGUAAAGCUAAUUUCUGGACCCCCAGCUAAACUUCUUUUUAUAGAUUGGCCAGAAUUAAAGGAGUCCAUUCCAGUUAUUAAUGGAAGAGAAUUACAGAACCCUCUUAUUGUUCAACUUUGUGAUCAGUGGGAUAAUCCAGCACCUGUACCACAGGUUAAAAUAAGUCUUAUAAAAGCUAACAAUUUAAAGCUCACUCCUUCAAACCAACAGCAUAAAACAGAUGAAAAGGGCAGGGCUAAUUUGGGAUUGUUCAGUGUUUCUGCCCCUAGGGGAGAACAUGUUAUGCAGAUUAAAGCUGUCUAUAACAAGAACACCAUCGAAGGACCUGUCAUCAAGUUAAUGAUUCUUCCAGACCCUGAAAAACCCAUUCGUCUCAAUGUUAAAUAUGAUAAAGAUGCUUCCUUUUUAGCAGGGGGACUUUUCACUGAUUUUAUGAUUAGUGUUAUUUCUGAGGAUGACAGUAUCAUUAAGAAUAUUAAUCCAGCACGUAUUUCCAUGAAAAUGUGGAAGCUGUCUAGCACUGGGAGCCGGCCACCAGCAAAUGUAGAAACAUUUAGUUGUAAUAAAGUAAAAGACAAUGACAAGGAAGAUGGCUGCUUCUAUUUCAGGGAUAAAGUAAUUCCUAACAAAGUGGGGACAUAUUGUAUCCAGUUUGGUUUUAUGGUGGAUAAAAUAGUUACUCUCUACAGUGAACAGGUUAUAGUUGAUGUCCUUCCUAAUCAACCUGUGAAGUUAGUUCCUGAAAUCCAACCAGCUACACCAGCUGUUUCUAAUGUUCGCUCAGUUGCCAGUAGAACCUUGGUCAGAGAUUUACGUCUCAAUAUCACGGAUGAAUACAGCAAUCAUACUGGAAUUGAUUUGGUUGGCACGGUAAUAGCUACUAUUAAAAGUUCCAGUGAGGAAGAUACAGAUGUACCGCUUUUUACUGGGAAAGUUAAAACACUCGAAUUUCCCUUUGUGAAUGGUUCAGCUGAAAUCACGAGCCUAGUGCUGGCAGAAAAUAGUCCUGGGAGGGAUAGCACUGAAUAUUUUAUUGUGUUUGAGCCGCGGCUACCAGCUUUAUCAAGAACUUUAGAACCAUAUAUCUUGCAGUUCAUGUUUUACAAUGAUGUGAAGAAGCAACAACAAAUGGCAGCACUUACAAAAGAGAAGGACCAGUUAUCUAAGUCUAUUAUUAUGUAUCGAAGUUUAUUUGAAGCCAGCAAACAGCUUCUUGAUGAGAUGAAAUGCCAAGUUGAAGAAGCAAAAUUAAAAGAGGCCCAACUGCGAAAUGAGCUAAAAGCACAUAAUAUUGACGUUCCUACAACACAACAGAUGACACAUAUUGAAGCACUUUUGAAAAGAAAGGUGACAGAACAGGAAGAGCUAAGGAAAAAACCUAGAAGAUCAUGUACUCUUCCAAACUAUACCAAAGGCAGUGCAGAUGUUUUGGGAAAGAUUGCACACCUAGCGCAAAUUGAAGACGAUAGAGCUGCAAUGGUUAUUUCUUGGCAUCUGGCAAGUGACAUGGACUGUGUCGUGACCCUGACCACUGAUGCUGCACGUCGCAUCUAUGAUGAAACGCAAGGCCGUCAGCAGGUGUUGCCCCUUGAUUCUAUUUAUAAGAAGACUCUUCCAGAUUGGAAAAGGCCUCUACCUCAUUUACGAAAUGGAAAAUUGUAUUUUAAACCCAUUGGAGAUCCAAUUUUUGCCCGAGACCUGUUAACAUUUCCAGAUAACGUAGAACAUUGUGAAACAGUAUUUGGUAUGCUGUUAGGAGACACCAUUAUUUUGGAUAAUUUGGAUGCUGCCAAUCAUUAUAGAAAAGAGGUUGUUAAAAUUACUCACUGUCCUACACUGCUGACCAGAGAUGGUGAUCGCAUUCGAAGUAAUGGGAAGUUCGGGGGCCUUCAGAAUAAAGCUCCUCCGAUGGAUAAACUUCGGGGAAUGGUAUUUGGAGCUCCAAUACCAAAACAGUGCCUGAUCUUAGGGGAACAAAUAGAUCUUCUUCAACAAUAUCGUUCAGCAGUGUGCAAGCUGGGCAGUGUGAAUAAGGACCUUAAUGGGCAGUUGGAGUACCUUCACACUCCUGAUAUGAAGAAGAAGAAGCAAGAACUUGAUGAACAGGAGAAAAAUCUGAAACUAAUAGAACAAAAACUAGGUAUGACUCCAACACGUAAGUGUAACGACUCAUUGCGUCAUCCAGCAAAGGAUGUGACAGAUAGUCCAAUUCCCCCUAAAAGAAUGAGAAGAGAAUCUACAAGACAGAACAGGAUUAUAACCAAAACAGAUGUGUGACAGGUGACAGAGGGGAUCACUGAGAUGCCCUGACUUGUGCAGCGCUGUUUCAGAAGACCAAGAGGCUGACUUAGCAGCCAAGUAUUUCUGGGGACAGUACCAGUAUCUGGGCAUGAGUUUUCAUGUCUGUCCAGAUGGGACUGGAAGCAGCAGUUCAAUUUUAUGAAUCUCACUGGACAAUGUGGACUUUCUACGAUUAUUCCAGCCAUCAUGCCCCUUGUUUGUCAUUACCUUGCAAACGUGUCAGAGGGGAACGUGCAAACAUGGCAGCGACUGUGAAGUUGGCACAUGGCAUUUACUAAUCCUGAAGAAAAGUAUAUGUUCUAUUUUUCAGUAUAAUUAUCAUGGCUCUGUUAGAACUGUUUCUUAAAAACAAAUCUUUUUUUACUUUUCUGUGAAUUUAUUUAACAAAAACGUUUUGUCUGUUAUGUCUAAGAACGUUUCUAGGGGCUAGGUAUUUAAUUGUAAAUAUAAGGAAACUUAAUGAAGAAUUCAGGAUAAAAACAGAAAAAGCACAGGUAGUCUUGGAAUUUAGAUGUUGAGAUGAAAGUAAACUUGUGACAGUGGUAGCAUUUUAAAUUUCUAAAGACUUACCCUGUGUAUAUAUAAAAUAUGCAGCAUCAGUUUUUAUAAAUAGUUUGACUUUAUUGAUACUAGAUUAUAUAGUCUUAGCCUUAAUUCUACAUUUACAUUGUUUUGUAAUUUUUUUAUUACUAUUUUUAAAGGUUAAAGAAAACAUAUGGACCCAGAUUAAUGCAAUAAGGGUCUGCUAGGCAGUUGCUGCAGAAAUGUUUGGAUUGUGUAUUAAUUCAAGCUAAUGUGUGUCAAUAUAUAUGUCAUUGUGUAAGUCCAAGACUAUUGGUCUGUGAAAUUCUUUUGUAAGCGGAUACUUUUGGUACAGUGUUGGUCCCACGAAAUGUGUGUGUUUUUUUUAAUCCAUUCUGAAUAUACAGUGAGGUUAAUAAAGAGGAUCCCUGCUGAAUAGAUAAGUGUUUUUGUUUUUUAAAACUGAAAUCUCCGUAAAGGUUACUUAGAACUGUUGCAGUGUUAACCUACCGUUGUAAUUGGAAAUUGUUCAACUCUAUUGCUCAUGAAAAAAACAAAGUGGCAAUAAUAGAAUUAACUACAAGAAACAUUGGUUACCAUAGUAUUUCUAAAUUUGGGGUCCUUAGACAAUUGGAUUAUAUGCAAAUUGAGAAAGAACGAAGAAAGGUUAGAGAAAUGGCUUUUUAGAACUAUACUUCAAAGUAUGUUUAAUAAUAUUUGAAAGUUGUUUGGUUUUAUAAUGCAUCCUGACCAUCUAAAACAAGAAAAGCUGUUUUCUUAAUUUUCAUUGGAAGUGUGUUUAAAAACAAUAACAUGUCAAUUUUUACUGCUUGUGGUAGAUUAAUGGAUAUUAUCUGACACUGAAUCCAUAUUUAUAAAUUUUUGUUCAUCUUCGUAAUAUCAGAAAGAGAUUUUCUAUUAAUAAAAUAAGGACUUAAAUGUUUAUAUCUAUUUUUUGUGGAGUUUUUCCCACCCAUUAAAAAUUAACCUUGAUGGUUCCCAGUAAUUACAAUAAAAACUUUGUACAGGUGAGUUUAUCUAAGGACUUUUCUCAACAUAUUAACAUAUUAUGAAUCCUUUGUCUUUAUUAUAUAGAACACAUAAGAACAAUUAAGUUUUUUUUCAUAAGAUUUAAUUCUAGACUUUUACUGCAAAAGAAGAGAACUGGAUUCUCAGCCGUCUACCCUGGGUUGUGUAGUGUGUAUCUGAAAUUUGUCACAGUGGUUUAAAAAAACAAAAAUGUUCCCCCAAUUUCUUCUUCUAAGGGAAAAAUUAUACCUCUUUGUAUUUUAAAAUGAUUGAAAUGAAACUCUGUGUUUCCAUACCUUCUUGUACUUUAUGCCCAUGUUAAAUUUACUCAACGUGUUAAAGAACGUUUGGUAUAAGAUUAAAAAAUAAUGAUAGAGACUAAAAUUUGUUGUACAUACUGCAUUGCAGAUUGUUAGUAAGUGGAGAGGCUAUCUUAUAUCUUCUAAAAUUAUUUUUAGGAAAAAUUUUAGUAAUUUUCAAAUAAUAUUUUUAGGAAAAAGUUGAAUUUGUAUACUUUUAUACUGUCAAAAUGUCUUUCAGUUAGAUCUGCUAAACAUUUUCAUGGAAUCAUCGCUUCCUCUUUAUAGUUAACAGAAUAUGUUCAUAAAAUUACUUUUACACAUGUUGAUUUUAAGGUAUUUUAUUUUGCAUGUCUGUUGAACACACAUUACCUCUUUUGAGUCCAAAAAGAAGUUGCUACUUUUUAUCAUGUAUAUGUUUAAGUUUAGGAAGAGGUAGCAGUAUUAACAUUCAUGGUAGGAGGUUUGGCCUUAAAAUAUUAAUUAUCUUAAGUUUAAGGUGAAGUUUCCCCAAAUCUUGCUUUGUUUCAAACUGAAUUAUUUCAUUUAUAAUCUAUCAAUAACUUAAGCGUCUAAAAAGAUUUCACUUUUUAAAUAUAAUUUCCUUUUGUUAAAAUCUACUAUUAUUGUAGAUGGGACCUUGGUGGCACAGUGGUUAAGAGCUAUGGCUGCUGACCCAAAAGUCAGCAGUUCAAAUCCCCCAGCCGCUCCUUGGAAAUCCUAUGGGGCAGUUCUACUCUGUCCUUUAGGGCCGCUGUGACCCAGAAUCAACUUGACAGCAGUGGGUAUGGUUUGGUUUUGGGUUUUAUUAUUGUAGAUAUUUCUUUUUCUGUCUUCAAUUCUGUUAGAGUUUGUUUAAUCAGUUUUGGAGCUCUGGCACUGGGUGCACAAAUAUUUAUAUUUGUUAUACCUUCUUGGUAAAUUAACCCUUUAAUCACCAUUAUUAUUAUAAUGUCCUUAUUUGUCUCCCGUAAUGGAUUUUAGCUUUAAGUCUGUUUUCUCAGAUACUGAUAUUAGCACUCCUGCUCUCUUUUGGUUACUGUUUUCUUGGUUUUUUUUUCCCCCCCAUCCUUUGAUUUUUAACCCGUUUAUGUCUUUGUGUCCAAGGAUAUCUCUUCUAGACAACACAUUGAUGGGUCAUGUUUUUUAUCCAUUCAUCUACUCUCUGUCUCUUGACUGGCGUAUUCAAUUCAUUUAUAUUCAGUGUGAUAAUCAAUAGGUAUGGAUUUACUGCUGCCAUUUUGUCGCACUUUUUUUUUGUGGUGUUGAUUUCUUUGUUUUUUACUUUCUGUGAUGAAUUCUUUUUGUAUACGGAUUUUCUUUUCAUUUGUUAUUGUUUUUGUGUUCACUGAGUCUUUUUUCUUUGUUUUAGUAAGUAGGAUUAUUACUUUUCUUUGUGGUUACCUGAAGUUUACAUUUAUCAUUCUAAAUUUAAAACCAUCUGUUAUACUUGAGAUAACCUUGACUUCCUUUCCAUAUGGAAGUUCUAGAACUACACCAUUCAGUCCCCUUUUUGUUUUGAAGUUGUUGUUAUUUACAUCUUUAUAUCUUGUUCCCUUUAAUCAAUUUUGUAGGUUUGUUUUACUUUAAGUCUUCACCUUGCUUGAUGUGUGGAUAAUGCUGUCAUGUGUCUUAAUCUCAGGUUGUUGUCUGAUGUCAUUGGUUUUCCAUCUGAAGGACUCCCUCUGAUAUUUCUUGUAGGGCUGAUGUGGUGAUUACAAAUUCCCUUAAUUUCUGCCUAUCUGGGAGUGUCUUAAUUCCACCCUCAUUUUUGAAAGAAAAUUUUGCUAGAUAUGUAAUUCUUUGUUGGGAAAUAAUUCCCUUUUGGGGAGAUACAAAAUUAAGGAUAAAGAAGAACUUGCCCAAAGUGACAAGCAAUACAAAAUUAUAAACUGUCAUUCCUUAAUAUUUUCCAUAUGCUAGGAAGUUUGUUUUCAAAAUAAAGUGUGUCUGAUAAUUUAAAAUAAAUCCCUACUAUUCUGAUUCUUUAGUUUAUGCUCCAAUAAACAAACAUCUAGAAUAGAAAAUAUUAGUAAUUAUAUCUUUGUGGUGGUGGUGGUGUUAGGUGCUGUCGAGUCGGUUCCGACUCAUAGCGACCCUGCGUACGACAGAACAAAACAUUGCCCAGUCCUGCACCAUCCUCACAAUUGUUGCCAUGCUUACGCCCAUUGUUGCAGCCAGUGUGUCAGUCCAUCUCAUUGAGGGUCUUCCUCUUUUUUGCUGACCCUCUACCAAGCAUGAUGUCCCUCUCCAGGGAUUGAUUGCUCCUGACAAUAUGUCCAAAGUAUGUGAGACAUAGUCUCAGUGUCCUUGCAUCUAAGGAGCAUUCUGGUUGUGCUUCUUCCAAAACAGAUUUGUUUAUUCUUUUGGCAGUCCAUGGUAUAUUCAAUAUUCUUCUCCAACACCACAAUUCAAAGGCGUCAAUUCUUCAGUCUUCUUUAUUCAUCGUCCAGCUUUCACAUGCAUAUGAGGCGAUUGAAAAUACCAUGGCUUGAGUCAGGCGCAUGUUAGUAUUCAAGGUAACAUGUUUGCUUUUCAACACUUUAAAGAGGUCUUUUGCAGCAGAUUUGCUUAUUGCAGUGCACCUUUUGAUUUCUUGACUGCUGCUUCCAUGGGUAAUGAUUGUGGAUCCAGGUAAAAUGAAAUCAUUGACAACUUCAGUAUUUUCCCCGUUAAUCAUGAUGUUGCUUAUUGGUCCACUUCUGAGGAUUUUUGUUUUCUUUAUGUUGAGGCGUAAUCCAUACUGAAGGCUGUGAUCUUUGAUCUUCAUCAGUAAGUGCUUCAAGCCCUCUUCACUUUCCGUAAACAAGGUUGUGUCAUCUGCAUAAGGUAGGUUGUUAAUGAGUCUUCCUCCAAUCCUGAUGCCCCGUUCUUCUUCAUAUAGUUAAGCUUCUCGGAUUGCUCAGCAUACAGAAUGAACAGGUAUGGCGAAAGGAUAGAACCCUGACGCACACCUUUCCUAACUUUAAACCACACCAUAUCCCCUUGUUCUGUUCAAAGGACUGCCUCUUCAUCUAUAUACAGGUUCCUCGUGAGCAUAAUUAAGUGUUCUGGAAUUCCCAUUCUUUGCAAUGUUAUCCAUAAUAUGUUACGAUGCACACAGUCGAAUGCCUUUGCAUAGUCAAUAAAACACAGACAUCUUUCUGGUAUUCUCUGCUUUCAGCCAGGAUCCAUCUGACAUGAGCAAUGACAUUCCUGGUUCUGUAUCCUCUUCUGAAUCCGGCUUGAAUUUCCAGCAGUUCCUUGUCGAUAUACUGCUGCAGUCACUUUUGAAUCAUCUUCAGCAAAAUUUUACUUGCAUAUGAUAUUAAUGAUAUUGUUCAAUAAUUUCUACGUUCAGUGGGAUCACCUUUCUUGUGAAUAGGCAUCUAGAUAGAUCUCUUCCAAUUGUUUGGCCAGGUCUUCCAAAUUUCUUGGCAUAGAUGAGUGAGUAGUUCCAGCGCUACAUCCAUUUUUUGGAACAUCUCAAUUGGUAUACUGUCAAUUCCUAGAGCCUUGUCUUUCGCCGAUGCCUUCAGUCAGUGCAGCUUGGAUUUCUUCCUUCAGUACCAUUGGUUCCUGCUUGUAUGGCACCUCCUGAAAUGGUUGAACUGUGACCAAUUCUUUUUGAUAUGGUGACUCUAUGUGUAUUCCAUCUUCUUUUGAUGCUUCCUGAGUCAGAACAAGGCCAGUGGCCAACUGUGGAACAGACCAUCAGUUGCUCAUAUGCAAGUUCAAGUUGAAACAAAAUAAUUAGAACAAGUUGAUGAGAGCCAAAGUAUGACCUUGAGUAUAUCCCACCUGAAUUUAGAGACCACCUCAAGAAUAGAUAUGACACAUUGAACAGUAAUGACCGAAGACCAGACAAGUUGCAGAAUGACAUCAAGGAUAUCAUACAUGAAGAAAGCAAGAGGUCAUUAAAAAGAAAAAAUCAAGAUGGACAUCAGAAGAGACUCUGAAACUUGCUCUUGAAUAUCGAGUUGCUAAAGCGAAAGGAAGAAAUGAAGUAAAAGAGUCGAACAGAAGAUUUCAAAGACAGCUUGAGAAGACAAAGUAUUAUAAUGACAUGUGCAAAGACCUGGAAAUGAAAAACCAAAACGGAAAAACACUCUGAGCAUUUCUCAAGCUGAAAGAACUGAAGAAAAACUUCAAGCCUCAAGUUGCAAUAUUGAAGGAUUCUAUGGGGAAAAAAGUAAACGACUCAGGGAGCAUCAAAAGAAAAUGGAAGGGCCGCAUGAACCAGAGACCUACAUCAUCCUGAGACCAGAAGAACUAGUUGGUGCCCAGCCACAAUCGAUGACUGCCCUGACAGGGAGCACAACUGAGAACCCCUGAGGGAGCAGGUGAUCAGUGGGAUGCAGACCCCAAAUUCUCAUAAAAAGACCAUACUUAAUGGUCUGACUGCGACUAGAGGAAUCCCGGCAGCCAUGGUCCCCAGACCUUCUGUUGGCACAGGACAGGAACCAUCCCUGAAGACAACUCAUCAGACAUGAAAGGGACUGGUCAGUGGGUGGGAGAGAGACGCUGAUGAAGAGUGAGCUAAUUAUAUCAGGCGGACACUUGAGAUUGUGUUGGCAACUCUUGUCUGGAGGGGGGAUGGGAGGAUAGAGAGAGAGGGAAGCUGGCAAAAUUGUCACGAAAGGAGAGACUGAAAGGGCUGACUCAAGAGGGGGAGAGCAAGUGGGAGUAGGGAGUGAGAUGUAUGUAAACUUGUAUGUGACAGACUGAUUCGAUUUGUAAACGUUCACUUGAAGCUUAAUAAAAGUUAAUUAAAAAAAAAAAAAAA